AUGUUACCACAAACGGUACCCAAGUUAGAUUUAACUCUCUCCAAUUAUAAAGAACACUUCCAGUUCAAUUCGCCAUCUACUAAUAAAGGUAAAACUUCAACAGCAACAGUGACUGCAACUCAGACAGCAACAACAGCUCAACCUACAGCAACAGCUCAACCUGUAGCAACAACAGCAUCUUCUAUCAUACCAGCAGAGGAACAAAAUAAACCCAAUAUAGACCUAUCUAGCGAAUCUGAGUCACCUAAAGUGAACAAAAUAAGUGUCAAACUUUCAGGAGAGGAAGGACCAUCUUUUAUUUCAGAGAGUAGCCCUUUUCUGGGGGAUGAAAAUGCUGUAUUUCCAGAUGACCUGUUCUCAAAUCACGAACACAAACCGGACACAUCUUCUGUGCCUAGUGACACUAAACCUUCCACAAAGGAUUCCGCGAGUGAGAGCCCAAAACAAACUGUAACCACACCACCAAAGAAAGCUAACUGUGAUGAAACUGAGGAUUCAAUGCAGGAGAAACUCCAAAAACUUUACGAAUCUUCAAAACAAGGGUGGAGUUCGGAGACAGGAAAAACUGUGACCCUUGCCCAAUUAAUGUUGAUGUGUGGAAAAGAUAAAAAGUUAAUUUUGGAAUAUGAUUGGUGUCCCAAAACAGUUUCCAAUGAUAAUUUAACACAUAAACUGGCCAAUAUGCUACGGAGAUUGGCACAUCUGGCAGCUACAGAAUUCUCAGACUUUUCUGGUUCCAAAUCUAAAUCAGGUACAUCUAAAACAACAGCCUGCUCUAUGUGCGGUACCAUUGCGUCCAGAAGUAAAGUACAAACAGCUAAUAAGGGUACUAAUACUAGUCGUAUGAACAGACCUGUGAAAACUACUGAUAAUCAUACUAAUGAUACUAGUGAAGUAGCUAGUACUAUUAUGGGUCAUGAUAUAUCAGUUGUACAAUGUUCUAAUCCAGUAAUAGCAAACCAGAUGCCUUUAUCGCCUCAGAAUGGUGUAUUUAGAGUUCCAAUGGCAGUACCCUUACGUCAUAAUCAACCACCAUCACACGUGUCUCAAGCUACAGUCAGUCAGUUAAUACGUCCUCCAGAACCUAAGUCAAAUUUUCUUAUUCCAAGAAAACGAAAGAAACAGAAGAACAAGUCCAUCAUUAUACAGCGGACAUUGUUACCAAAAACUACUAAAGACCAAUAUAGUAUCUUACCAACCAUGAAUAACAACCAACAGCCACUCAUCACCAACACAACCAUACCCUUAUCACAACCAGGUGGUGUUAUAACUCAACCAUAUUCACCCAUCAGUCUUAAUUCAUCUUUACAACAAGCACAACCUAGUCCACCCAUAGUUCCUAUUAUUGGAAUUUCAGAAAAUCAGUCAACAAUAUCAGUUCCAGUAACACAACCAAACAGAACAGAACAAGUAUGUUCAUAUAGCUUUUUUCUAGAACAGCAAAUUCUGUCAAUGGACAAUGCAGUGACAACAUCAACGGAUGGAUUAACUCCCCUUCUAUCAUCACCAAGUAAAGAUCAGAUAAGGCGUACUAUACAGCAGACGUCACCACCUAAUUUAUCAACAUUAUUAGAUAUGUCAUUACCUGCCCCAUCAGCUGGUGAUAACAGUACUGCAGAGAAAUUAUUAGAUAUAGCUUUAGUUAAUUCAAAUUCAGGAUUCUCAAAUUUUCUAGGGACUCCUGUUAAAGUUCAAACUCCUGUUAAGUCUGAACCUGGAAUGUUGACACCAACAUUAAAAACACCAACAUAUCAAACAGAUAGAAAUCAACUCUCACCACCUAAUCCUACCUUACUUAAACUCGGAUUCUCAACUUCUGAUGCUCAGUGGUUGAACGGAGAGUCUCAAGACAUAUCAUUAAGUAGUUUUUUAACAGAAACCCCAACUAAAAAAACUACAGCAGUUCAGCCUAGUAUUGUUCCACCACAUAAUAUCUUCAGUGAACAUUCUCAAGACUCUAUUGUGGAAACAUCAUUUCAGUCCAUGUUGAAUGAAAGUUCCAUGGAUUUAGUCAGCAAAUUUGCUAAACUAGCUGAUCAUAUAGUAGGUCCACAUGCAGAUAAAACGUAG